GCUUGCUAUUAGAUUCAAAAUAUUUUUAGCCAAUUCAUUAUUAAAACAUGCUAAUAUAUCUAAAGUGUUUAUAAUUGAGUUUAAAGUAGUUGCUACUGAGUUUGUUGCAAUUGAUACUGGGUUUGUAAUAGUUAUUACUAAG